AUGGCCCUCUCACCCCGGGGGACCCUGAGUGUGGAGACCCUGGACCGCUCAGACUCUGACCUGCUGGACGAGGAGCCUUGGCAGGCCACCUGUGAAAUCCGGCUCCCAGGCAGAGGCCCACUGGCCACUCUCUCCCUCCGUACCUGCCCUUUCUCCCGGCGGGGUCUCCAUGUGGUUGUCCCAGUCCCGGAGCCGGACACAGAGCACAGCAUGGACGUCAUCCUGGUGGGCUCCAGCGAGCUGUCAGCGCCGGCUUCCCCCAGGCCCUGCAGAGAUCUUCUUGCAUAUGAAGUCAAGGUUAACCAGAGAGACAUAGAAGACAUGUGCAUCUGCUGUGGGAGCUUCCAGGUGCACACACAGCACCCUCUGUUUGAAGGGGGGAUGUGUGCUCCAUGCAAGGACAAGUUUCUGGACUGCCUCUUCCUGUACGACGAUGAUGGGUACCAGUCGUACUGUUCCAUCUGCUGCGCAGGAGAGACGCUGCUCAUCUGUGAAAACCCCGACUGCACCCGAUGCUACUGCUUCGAGUGUGUGGACACGCUGGUCGGCCCCGGGACCUCGGGGAAAGUUCAGGCCAUGAGCAACUGGGUGUGUUUCCUGUGCCUGCCCUUCCCCCGCAGCGGGCUCCUGCACAGGAGAAGGAAAUGGCGGGGCUGGCUGAAGGCCUUCUGUGACCGCGAGUCGGAGAAUCCCCUGGAGACGUAUAAAACAGUGCCCGUGUGGAAGAGAGAGCCGGUCCGGGUCCUGUCCCUUUUUGGGAACAUCCGGAGAGAGCUCGUGAGUUUGGGCUUCUUGGAGAGUGGUUCCGCCCCGGGAGGAUUGAAGCACUUGGACGAUGUCACAGAUGUUGUGAGGAGGGACGUGGAAGGAUGGGGCCCAUUUGACCUUGUGUACGGCUCCACACCCGCCCUUGGCCACGCUUGCGACCACCCUCCGGCGUGGUACCUGUUCCAGUUCCACCGCGUCCUGCAGUACGCGAGGCCCAGGCCAGGCAGCCAGCAGCCCUUCUUCUGGAUGUUCGUAGACAAUCUGGUGCUGAGCCAAGAUGACCAGACCGUAGCCACUCGCUUCCUGGAGGCCGACCCGGUGACCAUCCAGGACGUCUGCGGCCGGGCCGUCCAGAACGCCGUGCAUGUGUGGAGCAACAUCCCAGCUGUGAGAAGCAGGCACUCUGCCCCGGCUUCCCGCGAGGAAUUGACCCUGCUGGCUCAGGACAGGCAGAGAACAAAGCUCCCCGCCCAGGGGCCCGCCAAGCUGGUGAAGAAUUGUUUUCUCCCCCUGAGAGAAUAUUUCAAGUAUUUUUCAACAGGACUCACUUCCUCUUUAUAAAUGAUUUAUUUUACUAUGAAGAAGGAAAGACUUUUCUUAGAACCAGGCAACUUUCCUUACAUUGUUUCUUUUUUCCUUUCCAAAUUAUUAUUUUAUUUGCUUGACUUCGGAUUUCCCAAGGUUGCCACAGACAUGCGUUCCCUUUGGGUGUGGUGCUGCAGGGCCCUGGCCCUAUGGUGCCCUUCUGGGGAGGGGGGUGGGUGAAGUUCCCAGCCCCUGACCGGGGACACCACCCUGAUGUUAUGAAGCAUAUUUGCUGCUGAAAAUGUUUCCUGUGCCGGUUGAGAAGUUAAAAAUAUAUUUAUUGUGGUCGUUAUGGGUCACAUUCUCGUGUUUCUGUAAGGACAGCCUUUAUUGUAUCCUGUGGGACGUGGGACUGUGCAUGAGGAAGAUGAGCAGGACACAUUGUCCGGAGCGGGUGUGGCCCUCGCUCCCUGUGUGCUGGGCCGUGCUGGCCAUGGCUGUGCUGGCUCGUGACCGCCAUUGGCCGUGAUAAUGAAAACCACUCAGCCUGAUGAUAGCUGCGCGAAAUUGUAGAAUAUCACACUUGGGAAGCAAAGGGAGCACGGACUGAGCAGGCCGCGCGGAGGCCAGAUCCGCUCGCGAGGCACGAGCCCGCAGGUGCCCCUUACACCAGAGGGACUUGCUUGCAGAAGGCAGGAUCCCUGCUCACGCCGAGCCCAUCGCAGAGCUGGCUUCAGGUCACUCAUAAUGAAUCCUAAAGGGAUCUUUCCUGAUGAGCCGGAGAAUCCCCCCAGGGGUGUAGCUUAGACAGUUAACAGACACAGGUUGUCCGGGGGGGUCCCAGCAGGGGCAAGGAGCCCCCCCCCCCCCCCACGCCCCAGCCUGUGCUGGCGCUGGUAGUAGAAUAUGGUGAAAUCAGAUGGGUAAUUGUCCGGGAUGACCUGGGGAGGUCCUUAAUGUGAUCACAAAGGUCCUUAUCAGGGGAGGCAGAGGGAGACCUGACUUCAUACAGGGAAGGUCAUGACCCUGGAGAACGCGAAGCAGCGACAAACCAAGAAAGCUUGGGGCCACCGGGCGCAGAAGACCUCGGAAGGAUCUUCACCCAGAGCUCCUGAAGGAGCUGAUUCCAGACAUCCAGCCUCCAGAUCUUAGAGAGAGUACAUUUUUGUUGCUUUAAGAUGCCAAGCUUGUGGUGAUUUAGGGCUCCCCCAGGAAACAGACACACCUGCUAUAGGAGAAAAGAUGGGCUCCCCGGGACCAGGGAUCACACUGAGGGCUGCCCACAGGUCCCCUGUUCCGGGCUGUGCCGGACCCCCAGGGAGCUGCUCAGGACCGCCCAGGGGAAAGCCUGGGUCUCUAGCAUCAAAGCACAUGCCGCUCCCUUCCACGUCUGCACCGAGAACUCGGCAAUCCCCACCACCAAUACCCUUCCAGCUUGGUGCCCAGGGCGGCCUAGAUGUUCCUCCAGUGGGCUUCUGCCUCCACACCCUCUGACUGCCGGAGAAACAUGGUCACGGUCAAGGGGAAGAAAGGAAAACCUCUCAGCUGCAGGGAGCCUCCGAGGGCUGUUCUGUUUUUCCAUUUGUCUUAAAAUAACUCUGUGUUUGUGACCCACGGGCUAGCGUCCGUGUGAAUGUUUUAUACGUAUCAACUCACAAUAACCACAUAUGAACUCAGCUUUUUGAGGAAGGUGUUGUAACUAUUUCCACUUCACAAAUGGGAAAAUGCGAGCACAGAGGAGUUAAGUAACUUGCCCCAGGUCACACAGCUCCUGAGAAGCAGAGCUGGGAUGUGAAUAGAACAUGCAUUUAUCAGGCUGAGGUUCCUGGGGCUGGUCUUGGAGGUGCUCCUUCCCCCCACGGCCCCAAGCCUGGCUAGAAGGCCCCUUCCAGCCACCUGCAUCCCUGCCCCUUCUCUACCUGCUCAACAAACAGGAUGUUCCCUCGGUCCCCAUUCUGGACUGCCCUGGUAGCAGCACCUGGCCUGGGGCCUGGCACGAGGGGCUGCUGCCCAGGAAGCAGA